AUGAUUUCACAAGGGUUUACAUUUCUUAGAGAAAUUGAUGAUACAAAGCAUAAGCAUCAACUGGUACUAGAACUGGUAAAACUAUUGGUAAAGAAAGAGUCAGAGGACUUGAAAUGGAAUUCUUACAUAAGUGAUGAAGAAGAUUCAACAAGCACAUCAGGCCCUCUGAGGGAACAACUGAGUUUUUCACAAACUGCAAAUACAAUCAAUGAUACACUUAUGCUCUCUGCAAAGCAUGGAAUUGUUGAGAUUGUGGGUGUGAUCCUUGAAGAAUGUCCUUGGGCUAUCGAAUUUCUAGAUAAGAAUGGGAAGAACAUACUCCAUUUAGCAGUUAAGUAUCGUCAAGCAGGAGUUUUUAAACUUUUAAAAUCAAAGAGAUUGUGUUUAAAUAAGAUGGUUGCAGAAGUUGACAAUGAGGGGAACACACCUUUGCAUCUUGUAGCUAAGCAUCAUGAAAAGAAUUUUUAUGUAACAGCAUAUGAGAUGACAAGGGAGAUCCAUUGGUUCAAGCAAGUGAAGGAUGUCUCUCAAGUUCAUACAUAUCAUCUUCGAAAUUCAGAAGGUAAAACAGCAGAUGAAAUAUUCAAUGAUACUCAUCAAAUUUUGUUAUCAAAAAGUGUGGAAUGGGCUAAGAAGACAACAAAUACCUUCAUGGUUGUCUCAACCCUAAUUGCAACAGUGAACUUUAGUGCAGCAUUUGCAGUACCAGGUGGUUAUGACCAAUAUUCAGGUAUCCCUGUUUUCACAAGUAAAACAAGAGACCUUCCAUGGUUCUAUGCUUAUUCUACAGUUGCUCUGUUCUUCUCUGUUGUCACACUUGGUUCCUCCUUCUCUGCCUACCUCUCUAGAUUUCAUAGUGAAGAUUUUCAUUUCUUCUUGCCUCUCAAAUACCUUAUUGGAGAUAAAAUAGUAGACAAUGAAUGA